ACACGGGCUCGCAUCGUUGUACUACGAUCCACGCUCGUACACAACAGAUUCCAAUACAUUCGCAUCAGCUCAUUCAAUAUCAAUUCGGUGAAUUUAUGGUCAUGAUGAAAUCAAACUAAUAAAUUCACACAAAUGAAUAGCGAACAACUUUUCAGAGGAAAAAACCGCAUGGUCUUCCACUCGGAAAUCCCAUAUAUAGUACACCAUCAUCUUGUAUUCAUUGUACAGUCGUACAUAUUUCUGCCGAACAAUUUGAUUAAUUGCAAUUCGACGAACGGCUCGACAUCUCCAUGAAAUAAACCACAAUUCGCAUGAAAUUUCUUGGCACAAACUAUUUUUGCACCUUAUGACGCAAUGUUACCGAAGUUGAUUGAAAUACAUUUUAUUGGUUGUAAUCAAUUUUGGUGAUGCAUUUUUUGAUUUGUUUCAACGAAAUGUGAAUGUCAUAAAUUGUGUAUUCGGUUUGGAAUAUUAAACAAUGCCAGCGCAUUUGUUUUGUAAACAAUGAUAAUUAUUGUUAUUUAUGUGGAGAAACAUGUGAUUGCAAACUUGAAAUUGGAUUCGUUCAAUGAUUGCUAGUUCAAAAUGAACUAGAUCCACUUUAUGUUUUCCGUUAAUAUGGUUUGAAUAACGGCUCUUGUUGAACAUUGUUCAACUUCUUUGCUUGAUACAGAAUGUUUUGCUAUUUUUUCUUUAUUUCAUCCUAAAUCUCAAAUUCAAUCAAACAAUAUUCAAACUCACACAAUGAGCACAUGUUUCAUGUCAUUCUUUAAACGCAUUUUAUAUCAAAUGUCUUUCAUCAUGACAGUUGGUUCUGAAUUUUCAGAUGUCAAAUCAAAAUAACCUCCAAAAAAAGUUUCAAAUAUAUUUUAUUUAGUUUUCAUAAAAGUGAGAGAAACAUUUGGAAAAACUAGGAAAAAUGUCGUAUAUUACGACAAAAUUGAGCGGUAUCAUUCGGUCCAGAUUAUGGCUUGGACGUGUUAUUGCCAAGAAAAGUUUGACAACAUGUUCAAGAAUAGUUGCUGUUGAAUCAAAGACAAAAAUUACAGCGGGAGGUUUUCGAAUCAAUAGCCAACAUUUUCAUCAAAUUCAGAAUUAUUCCACAGAACCGGUAAAGUUAUAUAGUGAAAGUCGAGUCCCAAAGAUAUUGUCAAAAUUGGCAUCGAACCGAGUAUCAUUACAUUUUGAUUUUUUCACAACAAUUCGACCAAGUCUGUUCAAAAAUUAUAACAUAACCGUCGACAUUGGGUUCAACAUUCUGAAAUCGUGCAGUCAAUUGAUCGAUCGGAGUACCGGCGAACGCAUCAAAUUGGUCAAUGAAUGUUGGAAUGAGCUAGUACCAAUGCUCAAAACACCAACAAAAGAUCACUUGAUACUGUUGUUGCAGGCAUAUCGACGAGCUGGCCUGAAGUCACUAGACAAUUACCAAUCAUUUUUUGAAAAGUACAAUUGCCCGAUGGAUGCAGAAAUUUUUGCAGAAUUAAUGUACAUCACGUGUCAAAAUGAAGAAACAAUGGAGAAAGCUGAAGCAUUAUUGAAGGACAUUGAAACACAAAACAUAGAACUAAACGAUAGAUUUUAUAGCGCACUCAUUUUAGGGUAUUCCAAACAAGGAUUGAAUGCUGUUGAAAAGGUGCUAGAAGCCAUGAAAUCAAAUGGAAUUGCACCAUCUUCGUGUACAAAUACGGAGCUCAUCAAAGCAUACAUUCUCAAUGAAAAUUACGAUAGAGCGAUGGAAGUUCUUCAGCAAUCUGACGACUAUGACACUGAUCAACUAAUCGAUAUAGUCCGCAGCGCUGCAAACAAAGGCAAUGAAGUCAUUAUUAAGAAAGCAUUGAGUCUGUUGACGGACACAAUUCGAAAUGCUAAAUUGAUUGCACCAAAUCUGCAGAAUAUUUGUAUCGAAUUGAUUUACACAAAUCGUAAUCGUUCCACUAAAUUGGACCCGUAUCAACUGAUUAUUCAGCAUUUGCCGAUGCCAGUCUUUGGAAUGGAAGAUACUACCGAAUAUGGUACAUUUUUAAUCAAAGAAAUGAUUGUAACGAAUGAGAGCGUUUCGAAUAUUCUGCAAUUUUGUGAGAAUUUGAUUGAAAGUAAACGGAAUAUGUAUGCAAUUCACGCAUGUUGUAUGUACUCAUUGGUUUUCAAUUUGCCCGCAUCUCGUGACUUUUUGGAAGCAUUAGCUGCAAGAGAACAACUCCGACCCCACUACUAUUGGCCAUUGAUUGCUCGUGCUAGAAAUCAAAACGAUGUGAUUGAUAUUAUCAAAUUUGCGACUAAAUCCAACACAAUUCUUGAUACAACAACACUAUUGGACUGGGUUUUGCCACGAAUGAACACAUUAAUUGAUUCACAAGAAACGCUUAGAGCUCUAACGGAUGCUGGAGUUCGGAUGCUUGAGUUGAAAACAGCUAUCAUUACAUUUUUAUUAAACAACAAUCGACCAAAAGAGGCUUUGGAUAUAGCAAGUCGCUCCACUUCCCCGAUUGAUCCAUCCAUCGUUAAACCAGCGUUGAGUAAAUUCGUGAGAGGUCAUGCGUAUAAACGGAAUGCAUACACUACGGCCACUUUGAUGAAGAAACUCCAAAAUCGAUGCAUCGAUAAACUUUACGAUCUAGCUGGACAAGUUGCUCAAUCGGUUUGCAACAAAUUCGAUCAAUCCAACGAUUUUGCUUCAACAAAACAACUUUUAAUCGACUAUCAACGGCUUGAAGUGAAAAUUUCUCAAAGUUCGGCCAAUGCAAUUCUGAAUAAAUUGACGAAAAAUCGAAAUAUUCAUACCGACCUUGGCCCAAUUGUACAGAGUUUAGUUUCCAACGAACUAUUUCCAGAUGUGCAGACCGACCAAAAGGCAGCCGCUAAAAAUGAAUCCGAGAUCGAAUCUUUGCAACAGCAACUGAUUGAGUUUAAAGCAAACGGCUUUCCAACGCAUGGAAUUCUGUAUCGUCUCUUUCUCAAAUAUGUUCAAUACGAGAAAUAUGAUGAGGCGAUAAAAAUCAAAGAGGAAUGUGAUAAAAUGGGAGUCCUUGAAACACCGGCCGUACUGUCAACCGCGUUGAAACUGUGGACUGCAAUCAAACACGAAGAUAAAGCACUCAAAACGUUAGAAGAGUUACAAACCAAACAUUCUAAUUUCAAAAUUGACACAUUCAAGAUAGUUGACUUGGCCACGCUGUUGGUUUCAAAGAAUCGAUUAGACGAUGCAAAGACACUCAUCAACAAGUUGGAUCAAUACAAAGGUCGAAAAACGUCAUACAUGAGCAACAAUGUAUGGCACUUACUGAAUGCAGCCAGUGAGUAUAGUGUAAAGCAUGGCAAAGAAGAGAGUAUGACUGGAUACUUUCUAAAGACUCUGAUUAACAAAGGGCAUUGUGAGCAUUCGAACACACUUUUGGGCACGGUAAUCAAAGAAUAUCUCGAUAAAAAGAGAAUCCAUGAAGCAGUUGCAACAUAUGAACAUUACGUAAAGGAAUACCAAAAAACACCACAAUGCGUCAGUUUAUUGACUCUUCUAAUCGAAUUAUCGAAUGCUGAAAAUAUCUCUGAGUUCAAUGUUUCACGAGAGGAAGCGAUUGAAUACAUUCAACGUGUUAUUGAUUUGACGAAGGAAAUACAUGGAACAGAAAAUGCAAACGUUAAUGUCAUUCUGGCAUUUGCUUGCACUGGCAAUGAGCAACAGCUACGAAAAAUUUUAUUGAAUCCCGUUGUAAAGUUUAAUUCUGAAAUAUUGUUGAGUAGUUUGAAUUACUUGAAAAAUCGAUCAAAGAUCAAUGCAGUUGUUAUUAUCGCUCGUUGUGCACGAGGACUGCACCACACAUCUAUAAGCGAAGAAAAACUCUAUGAGUUUCUAUUGGGCGAUUUCGUACGUACUAAUGAUUAUGCAUCGGCAACUGAAUUAUAUGAGGAAAUACAGCAGGAUGAUUAUAAGAUUGUUUCAAAGAAGUUUAAUCGAACACUUGCCGAUCUGUUGGCGAAAAAUAACCAACCUUUACCUGAAAAACUGAAAUUUUUAUCCAAUUAAUUGUUGAAGAUAGUUUCAAAUCUAAUAAAUAAUAUGCUUAUUCAAA